CCUUGACUCAGGCUAAGGUCGAAAAGUUGCUUGAUGCUGAUAUGCUUGCAAGCGCGGAGGGUGAUCUCAUGAUAACAGGUCCUGCACUAUGCUUAUAUUUCGCUGCCUUGCGUAGUACCACCAAUCCUGCGUCGGUCCCUCUACCUCGCCGCUCUAAAACGUCACCCCCUGUAGAGCUCUCAGAAUCCAAUUGCCCUCCCCUAUUCGUUUCUUUUCUUCGAGUGUGGUCAUCAAAUGUACCUCGCAUUCAAUCCCUAGCUCCUCAGUAUCAGCACGAUCUUGCUCGCGUCAUAUGCGGACUGGAGCCCCUUUCUCAGCCUCCUGAUCCGAAUUUGAACGGGAUAUCUGCUGACCUGCGUGCAGUCGCCAUUGAGAUCAGCCAGCGAAGAUCGUUCCAAGAUCGAUACGCCUCUGAUCUUCAGGCUGCCCUUGAUGCGGGAAGUCCUUCAGGUAGAUCAAGUCUCAGAGUAAAAGCCUCCUUUGUUCCACCGCCUGUCUAUGAUCCUUCUCCUAUUUCGCCAUCAAGUUCAAAAACCUCAUUUGGUCGUUCGCCAUCACCCACCAUCCUUACAGCAAAUUCCCCGGCCAUCGAGUUUAUACGUGAGACGCUGUACGCUUCCCUCGCUGACGUUCUCGAGCGUACUCCAUCAUUGCGAAGGCUGCUCAAACGGGACCCUUCUCGCGCAUAUUUCGCUUCCGUCUCCUUUGCUAUUCUUGAUGUUGCCGUCACUGCCGUCACGCCCACUGGGGCAGUGAUGGGUGUACUCGGAAAAGAACUAACACUUGAAGAAUGUCCCAAAGAGCUGCAGCCGUUCAUGGCAGAACUCGCAGCCAUUGGAAAUGCAGCACGAGAGAUGGAAGAAGAAGACGAUGAGGUCGCCAUGCGUUGCGCAGAACGAGGAGAUGACAUCCCGGAGCCUAGGCUGGACAGAGUACGCAAGGUGUUAGAGGGUGGUGUGGGCUAUCAAGAAGGGCGAGAAAGGGAGGGUCAGGGGAGGAGAAGUGUUGAAGGGAGAGCAGUUGCUUUCACAAACAGAAUAAACGCCCUAGGGCUAGGGAUAUCGAAGAUCAAAGCUUUCCGAGACAGACAGGCAGAUGUGUUCAAAGUUUUGGCUGGAAUUGAAUGAUCUACUCACCACACAGACGAAAUGUACGGAAUGGUAUUUAUUUGUUUUCUUGUUUUGGGUCAGUUGAUGAUACCCUAUGGCACAUUCUACUUACAGUAUUGGUCAUUAAUGAACUCGUGGUAUACCGCGAUCAACCUAAAUGUUAGACCUCGCGCAUUUCAAUAGACUGAAUAUAAUAUUCGUUCGU